AUGCAGCACGUCCUUCAAGCUGGUCUAUCCUCUGGGAUGUCAGCCGUCACUGGUAUCCACAGCGGCAAGCACACCAAGCCUAACCCAGUCGACCCUUCCUUUGAUGGUCUCGCAGCUGUCAUGCCAGUAGACUGGAUCCCAACCGCCGACAAAAAGGUCACAUACAAGGGCAAGAACGGAGAUGUCCACGCUCCGCAACUGUGCAUCGGUGCCUGGCCUUGGGGCGACACUUCUACCUGGCACUGGAAGCCCGAGGAAGAGCCCCAUGUCGCCGCAGCAUGGAAGCACUGUGUUAGCAAAGGGGUCAACUUCAUCGACACCGCCCAAGUCUACGGCACAGGCAUGAGCGAGACCAUCUGCGGAAGACUAGUCAAGGACAUGCCAAGAGACAGCUUCGUCAUGCAAGACAAGUAUUUUGUCGUACCACAAGCAAAAGAUGUCCUCCACCCCACCAUGGCGCCCCUCAAGAAGCUCGAAACCUCACUCAAGAACUUCGGCCUCGAUUACAUCGACAUUUACCUGGUACAUGGCCCCAUUCACCUUCAAACCAUCCCCAUGAUCGCCAAAGGCAUGGCCGAGUGCGUGGAAAAGGGCAUGACCAAAACCGUCGGUGUCGCAAACUAUAGUCUCGCAGACAUGAUCAAGAUGCAAGACGAACUGGCCAAAUACGGCGUCCCACUCGCCAUCAACUAA